AUGGGCUGUUUCGGAUUGAGAAAACUGGUUGGAAAGAAGCCACCACCACAAAACUAUUAUUACCCAGCAGACACGGUCGUUCGCAAGUGGGCACCCGUUACUCCGCAAGCUCAAGAAGAGAAGCCCAUCACAGAAAAGGCUCUCAAGGUGGUCGAUGAUUCACCGGACAAGGAUAUAUUGACGAGCGAUGAAUCUCUCUGGAACCGAGCAUAUAAGCAACUCGAUCAAGGCCUAGUGAAUAAAUAUGAGGAAUUAUUGGCAAAGCAAAGACAGCAGAUCAAUGACCAUAGCCAGAAUGAGACCAAUGAGAAGCGUGAGACAAACUGCCACGAAGACUUAGAUAUUAUCAUCAAAAACGGCCUGGAACACACACAAGGACAACGAAGAUGUAUUCAGGAAAGCUUCGCCCAGGAUGCAGGCUGGAUUCUGUCCGUUAAAGACUUAAUUUGUGAAGCUGUCAAGGCAUCGCCAGAAGCAUCCCUGGCAUGGGCCGGUGUCUGCAUUGUCCUGCCACUGCUGACGAAUCCCCAUAGUGCCACGGAGGCUAACAAGAGUGGAUUUACUUAUGUGGCUGGUCGCAUUCCCUAUUACGUCGAACUCGAGCGGAUAUUAUGGUCAGCAUCCAGCCCGAACUCCGAUCAUGCUGGGCUGAAAGAACAAUUCUAUGCCAACAUGGUCAACUUAUAUCAACAUGUCUUGCAGUUUCAGGUGACAAGUGUUCUGCGUUUCCAUCGCAGCUGGAAGCAAAAUUUGGUUGGUGAUAUCGUCCAAGCGGAAAAUUGGAGCGGAAUGGUAUCGUCGAUCAAACAUCUCGAAAAAAUUGUUCAGCAAUAUGCCGCUGCGAUCAGCAACGAGAUAUCCCGACAGCAUCUAAACCAGGCUGAAGCAAACACUCGCCACAAUUUUGAGUCGCUGCAAAAGGUCGCUCCACUCGCUAAGCGACAUCUCGAAGUUGACACUGAGGUCCCCCAUAUCCAGCCCCAACGGUAUGAGGAAGUAUUGUCGGAUGAUGAACGCAAAUGUAGGCAGCUCUUCUGUCUGGCUAGCAACGUCAUGGACACCUCCUAUGAAUCGUACAAGAGCGGAGUCCCGGAUCGACUCGAGGGCACCGGCGAAUGGCUUUUGGAACAGCCUCAUCUUCACCAGUGGUUACAGCAGGAUAAAGGCCUGAUGAUUGUUUCAGCAGAUCCUGGAUGUGGCAAGUCUGUUCUGACAAAGCAUCUCAUCGACAAUGUGUUGCCCCAAUCCAGUCCGCUGGCCACGAUAGGCUACUUCUUCUUCAAGGAUCAAGUUCAGAAUACGCAGAAGCAAGCCCUCUGUGCAUUGCUACACCAGCUUUUUACGAGCAACCCGGCUUUGAUCAAACUUGCAAUGAAAUCAUUCAGCAAUAAUGGAGAUAAUUUGGUCAACGUGCUACCUGCGCUCUGGGAUAUCUUUUCUCAGGUAUUAAAGGACCCUCGUGUCGGACAGACCGUCUUCGUUUUAGACGCUCUAGACGAAUGCAAUGAAUCGGAAUUAACCGAUCUGACAGACAAGAUUAAAUCCAUUCAAAAAGAUGCUGAAAGUAGGGCGAGAUUCUUCCUCACCAGCCGGCCGUACGGGAAGAUCAUGUCGGAAUUCCAUCAGCUGAUUGAUGAAUCUCCUCGCAUUCAUAUACCCGGGGAGAAUGAAUUCGAAAACAUUAGUCAAGAAGUGAACAUCGUUAUUAAGCAUCGUGUGGGGCUACUGGCUCAAAGGAAGGGUCUCAAUGCCACCGUCCAAAGCCACUUGGAAGAGCAACUACUGGAAAUGAACCACCGUACAUACCUCUGGGUUCAUCUUGUUUUUGACUAUCUCGAAAGGCACAGCUUCAGAAAGGUCAGAGAUGGCAUUGAUGACGUCUUCAUUCUAUCAGAUCAACUCCCCAAAAGCGUCAACGAUGCAUAUGCAAAGAUUCUCGGUAAAUCAGAUGACGUAGGCAUGGCACGAAAGGCCUUUUGCGUUGUGCUGGCUGCAAGUCGUCCUUUGACAUUGACAGAGAUGAACAUUGCUCUCCAUCUGGACCUCAAAAAAGACGAGCUGGAGCUCGAAUCAGACGAAGACUUUCAGGUCUCAUUGCGAAACUGGUGCGGUAUGCUUCUGUCAGUGAACGACAAAAAGGUGUUUUUUCUGCAUCAAACAGCACGGGAGUUCCUGAUGCGGGAGAAUGGCUUUAGUCUCAGCAGCGAACGUGGUCCAAUCGAUAUGAAAGAAGCACAGCGUGUUCUUGCAGUCAGCUGCAUCACAUAUAUGAACAUUUUCAUGCCACGAGUCGAUCAGACCCAUUUAGGAGAUUCAACUGCAAUCGAUGUUAAUAGAGCCUUCUCAAACUAUUCUGCCAAGAACUGGCAUCACCAUGUCAAGGCCGCAAGACUGAGCGAUGAUGAAAGGCUGGAACCAUACCUUACCAGAAUAUGUGAUCCGAAAUCUGAUGUCUAUGCGUCUUGGUCCGAACUUACCUUAGUUGAGAAACCGCCCGCCCAUAAACGUGACGAGUGCAAUACAUUGUGGAUGGCCGCCAACUUUGGCAUAACCUCGGUUCUCAAGAGGAUCCUUCAACAUGAGGAAAUGAAGACGUGGAAAAUCGUCGGCUUGGCCGCACGAUUGCAAACGCAGCUGUAUGUUCUGACAAAGUCGACGUCAACAGCCCCUGCGGUGGCGAAACACUCUUGA